AUGCUAUUAUCUACAUCUAAGUUGUCAACUUCAAAGUUAGGAAAAUCCUAAUUAUAGAGUCCUUAAAGGUCUACUGUGAACUAUCUUUAAUAAGAUCUUGAUUCUCCAUCGAGAUAAAGAAUUAAGUUAUUAUCUGAUAAAUGGAAUCAUAUCUAAAAUGGAAUAGAUAAAGAUAAAUUGGAAAAGAGAGAAGUUCUUGAGGAAAGAAUUAAAAUUAUUGAAGAUGUUCUCUCUUAAGAAAAACCUAAGGAUGAAUAAAGAUUUAAAGUCCUUAAGGAUUAAGUAUUGAAACUUCAAGAUUAAGCUCAUAAUUAAAAAUCUGAAAGAGAAGUAUUUCAUUUUAUUUAAACUCAAAGGCUUUUGAUGGUAAAAAAGAAAAAGAUUUUAGAACUCUCUCUGAUAAUGUAGCAUUAUCCUUUGAUCAAGAAAGAAAUAUCAGAGGAUAAUCUGAAAUAAAACUAUAAANAAGCUAGUGUUUUAUUUGA